CCGUAGCAGCAUGGCGGCCACGGAGGAAGAGCGGCCGGCUGGGAGUGGAGAGGGAGAGCGGCUGGAUUUUCUACGGGACCGGCACGUGCGGUUCUUCCAGCGCUGCCUCCAGGUCUUGCCGGAGCGCUACUCUUCGCUCGAGACCAGCAGAUUGACUAUUGCAUUUUUUGCGCUCUCCGGGCUGGAUAUGUUGGACUCCUUAGAUGUGGUGAACAAGGAUGAUAUAAUCGAGUGGAUUUACUCCCUGCAGGUCCUUCCCACAGAAGACAGAUCAAAUCUAAAUCGCUGUGGUUUCCGAGGCUCUUCAUACCUGGGUAUUCCAUUCAAUCCAUCAAAGAAUCCUGGAACAGCUCAUCCUUAUGAUAGUGGCCACAUAGCAAUGACCUACACUGGCCUUUCAUGCUUAGUUAUUCUUGGAGAUGACCUAAGCCGAGUAAAUAAAGAAGCUUGCUUAGCAGGCUUGAGAGCCCUUCAGCUAGAAGAUGGAAGUUUUUGUGCAGUACCUGAAGGCAGUGAAAAUGACAUGCGAUUUGUAUACUGUGCUUCCUGUAUUUGCUAUAUGCUCAACAACUGGUCUGGCAUGGAUAUGAAAAAAGCCAUCAACUAUAUUAGAAGAAGUAUGUCCUAUGACAAUGGGUUGGCACAGGGAGCUGGACUUGAAUCUCAUGGAGGAUCAACUUUUUGUGGCAUUGCAUCACUGUGCCUGAUGGGUAAACUAGAAGAAGUUUUUUCAGAAAAAGAAUUGAACAGGAUAAAGAGGUGGUGUAUAAUGAGACAACAAAAUGGUUAUCAUGGAAGACCUAAUAAGCCUGUCGACACCUGUUAUUCUUUUUGGGUGGGAGCAACUCUAAAGCUUCUGAAAAUUUUCCAGUAUACUAACUUCGAGAAAAAUAGAAAUUAUAUCUUAUCAACUCAAGAUCGCCUCGUAGGGGGAUUUGCCAAGUGGCCAGAUAGUCAUCCAGAUGCUUUGCAUGCAUACUUUGGAAUUUGUGGCCUGUCACUAAUGGAGGAAAGUGGCAUUUGUAAAGUUCAUCCUGCCCUGAACGUAAGCACACGGACUUCUGAGCGCCUUCGAGAUCUCCAUCAGAGCUGGAAAACCAAGGACUCUAAACAGUGCUCAGAGAAUGUACACAUCUCCACAUGACUAACUUUAGAUUGGGAGGGUGGGGGGAUUUGUAGCCUAACUGUAGCUCAAGGUUAAAAGCCAUGUAUAACCAAGUGUGCUCUUUUUUUUAAGAGGUAGAGUCUUACAAUCGAAUCUUGUGCUGAUGUCACUUUGGUAUAUGGUCUUGAGCCAGUAACCUUCGUACUAGGUUUCAAGGAAAUCUUUGUUGAAGUUUGAACCACAGUGGACUCUGUUGUGGUUCUUAAAUGUUUAUAUACUGUAUUUCUAAGUUCUCUGAGGCAAACUAACUGUAUGUAUGAAGGUUAUCUUUUUAAAAAGCUCUUCAGUACAAAAUUGUAUCAUAAAUACAAAUCUUCAAAAGAAGUUUACAGUUCACAUAGCAUUGAUAAUCUUCAGGUGAACACUUAGUGAUCAUUUAAAAAGCUUGACUGCUGAUGGUAGAACAUUGCUUUAAUGAAUUAAGUAUCUGGGAUUAUUCUUUGAAAACAGAUGAUCCCAUAAUUUUUAAAAAGAAGACUUAUUUUGACUUAAAAUGUGCCAAUUAAACUUUUGUGGCCUAUACAAAUGAAAUUAACUUCAUAGCAAGAAUGAAUAGGCUUAACUAAUACAAUAAUUUUCUAAAGGGAGAUUGUUUUAAGAAGACUAUUAUGUAACUGAGGGACAAGUAAUAUAACUGUAUGUGAUUGUGAAUGGGGAAGUUUUGUGCUGUGCAGGUCAUUUAUUUUAGAUGUUGCUGGGGUAAAUAACAGUUAUGUUUGAUGUUAAUCUCAAAUCAUUAGUUCCUUUUUUUCCCUUUCUGCAGAGAAAACAGUCUUAUCUAGAAGGAAAGCCAUUUAAUGGUUUUGUUUCUUUUUCUGAGAUAUGUGAUACUGUAAAUUAUACUUGUACUUUUAUAACUGAGUUAUUUUUAGCCAUUUGGAUUCUUAUUUUUAGUUUGUUGCCCCAGUGUGUUAGCUGCUCAAAUUUCAAACUGAUGAUUUUCUAAUUUUUUCAAAUGAAAUAAGUAAACAUUUAAGUAAAAAAAUAGCACCGCUCAAGUAAAGUUAAUGGUGUAGCUCCGUACACGGUCAUUCAUAUUUUUGUAUUUUCAGGUAAGUGGGAAGGAAAUGUACCAUUUAGGGGUUAAGGACUGGGGUUUUGCUUUUCUUUGUUUUGUUUUCUUCAUUCUGUGACCUAGCUAAUUGUAAAGGAAUUAGUAUAAAAACUCAUUUUUAUUAGUUAUCAAUAAAUUACAUCUGUCACUGUUGCUCUAUGACGUUCAAAGUUAUGAGAGUAGUGCUGAAAUGGAGAAGGAAGUCUCUUCACCAGAGGGACUGGGUUUCAUUUAAAGUCUUGAUGAUAAUAAAUGUUGGAUUGUUAGUUUUACAAGUAUCAGUAUAAAAACUAAGUUACUAAUAUCACUGUUUAGGUAUUGUAAUAUUUAAAUUUUUAAUUUCUUUCCUAGAGUGGAGAAAAAAUACCCUUAAACAAUGGUCCUUCCCAAAGGAAACGUAGUAUAUACUUGGAGAAAUGAUGCAUUUAUUAUUGGCAUGCUUAGUUUUAAACCUCAAUUUGCCAAAGUCAAAAAAAAAUUUUUUUUUAAUUAGAAAUAAAAUCAGUUUUCUGAUGGUGGGGAUAAAAUAAGCCUAACAACAGAUGUCAUCCUUCCAUGAGUUAUUCCAGUUUGUACCAGUUUAAAUUCUGACAAAUUAAGACAUCUACAUCUCAAACUAACUCAUUUCGUAGACAUCAGGAGUUAAAAUGGCAUAUAUGUAACGGCUUUAGAACUAUUCAAAAAGCCCCCAUUUUUUUUUUUUUUCCUGAAUUGCCAUUAGUGGUUGGAAGCUUAAAAAGUUAGUAAUAGUAACCGUAUUCGUAUGAAGGAGAAUUCCAAGGUCAAAGUAUUUCAAAAAACUACUAAAUAUUUUCUAACUCCUUGUGUAAUUUAAUAGCAUAAGAUUAUAUAUUACAAUAUGAUUCUAAUUGAUAUACUCGUGAGAGACCUCCUUGUGAAACUUUAUGGGCCAGUGAAUGUUCACAUUCCACAGCAGCAUAUUGACCAAAAAAAUACCAGCCCAUUGUGAAUUGUGGAGAAACUAUUCCCAACUUUUUCGAAAUAGUUACCUACAAGAAAAGUAUUAAUAAAAUAAAUUAUAAGCACUA